UCCGGUCUUCUGGCCCCGGCUUGGGCUGCGUGGAGAAGCUCCUGCAAUGCCGACCGGGGAUUUUGACUCGAAGCCUAGCUGGGCCGACCAGGUGGAGGAGGAGGGAGAAGACGACAAAUGUGUCACCAGCGAACUCCUCAAGGGAAUCCCUCUGGCUACAGGUGACACCAGCCCAGAGCCUGAAUUACUGCCGGGAGCUCCACUGCCGCCUCCCAAGGAGGUCAUAAAUGGAAACAUCAAAACAGUGACUGAGUACAAGAUAGAUGACGAUGGAAAGAAGUUCAAGAUUGUCCGCACCUUCAGGAUUGAGACCCGGAAGGCCUCCAAGGCUGUUGCAAGGAGGAAGAACUGGAAGAAGUUUGGAAACUCAGAGUUUGACCCCCCAGGGCCCAAUGUAGCCACCACCACAGUCAGUGAUGAUGUGUCCAUGACUUUCAUCACCAGCAAAGAGGAUCUAAACUGCCAGGAAGAGGAGGACCCAAUGAACAAGCUCAAGGGCCAGAAGAUCGUGUCUUGCCGCAUCUGCAAGGGUGACCAUUGGACCACCCGUUGUCCUUACAAGGACACACUGGGCCCCAUGCAGAAGGAACUGGCUGAGCAGCUGGGCCUGUCCACUGGCGAGAAGGAGAAGCUGCCUGGAGAGCUGGAGCCAGUACAGGCUGCACAGAACAAGACAGGGAAGUAUGUGCCACCAAGCCUGCGGGACGGGGCCAGCCGCCGUGGGGAGUCCAUGCAGCCCAACCGCAGAGCGGACGACAAUGCCACCAUCCGUGUCACCAACUUGUCAGAGGACACGCGCGAGACUGAUCUGCAAGAGCUCUUCCGGCCCUUUGGCUCUAUCUCUCGUAUCUACCUGGCGAAGGACAAGACCACUGGCCAGUCCAAGGGCUUCGCCUUCAUCAGCUUCCACCGCCGUGAAGACGCUGCACGUGCCAUCGCCGGAGUGUCUGGCUUUGGCUAUGACCACCUCAUCCUCAAUGUUGAAUGGGCCAAGCCAUCAACCAACUAAGCCAUGCCUGCUGCUUGGCCCUAGGCCCCUGGACCCUGUGGUGACGGAAGACAUCGGUCGACAACAGGCGACUUUGAGGGCAAUAAAAAGGCUUCAGUUGGCCCUAUGCUGUCCUGUUUAUUCAUGGU